UCCUUUCAUACUCACCCAGACUACAUCGCUUUGUCAUACACAUGGGGUGAUCCCAAGGUCACGGUUCCUGUCCUAUGCGACGGAAAGAUUAUCAACAUUACGGGGAAUCUGAAAGAGGCUCUCUGGCAACUCAGAGAGAACCGCAAGGGCAUUGCCAGAAGGAGUUACCCGAAAAAACACCCAUCGCAUCAUUUGUACUAUUGGAUCGAUGCUGUUUGCAUAAACCAAUCUGACGAGGUUGAGAAAAGCUGCCAAGUUGGAUUGAUGGCAGGCAUAUACCGACGAGCGUAUAAGACAAUCGUAUGGCUAGGGCCACCAGAUGCCAACAGUGAUAUGGUUGUAGACUGCCUCAAUACGUUAGGAGCAAAGGCAGAAGCUUGUUACAUGCACAAUGGCCCUGAACCAUACCGCAAAAUUUGGUUGAGGAUGGUAAAAAUGGCUUCGAUGAAGCAGGGACAAAGUCUUCCAGGUACCACUAUUGUGCACGCUAGAGGAAACAAAGAAAGAGUACCCCCAGAUCCAAUCCAAAGCCUCUUCCAUUGCAUAAGUGGCUGGUACGACCAGAACGACCUUCUACCAAUUGCUGAGUUGAAACAAUUUUUUACUCGACCAUGG